UCGUACGGCAGCACGGCCACGGUGGCCGCGCCUUUGGCGGAACGAUACGUGGAGCAUCGCCUCAGCCCCGGGGACACCCUGCCUGGCCUUGCGCUCAAGUACGGCGUGACGAUGGAACAAAUAAAAAGAGCAAAUAAACUAUUCACAAAUGACUGCAUAUUUCUGAGAAAAACAUUGAAUAUCCCAGUUAUAUUUGAAAGGGCUUUGCUGUUUAAUGGAUGUAACUCACUGGAGUCUCCAGAGAAUGAUACUGACAAUCCUGUUUCUUGCGAAGAAAGACCUGUGACAGUUCAGGAAGACAGGUCUUCCCCCAGUCCUCAAGAAUCUGACAAUCAACUUCCUCCACUUGAAGAACUCUCUGCCAAAGAUUUUCUGCACAGAAUGGAUGUGCAGAUUAAGUUGUCCAAACAAGCAGCUAAGAAAUUAAAAUCUGAAGAUAACAGGGAAUAUGGUGAGGAAAAUUCCUAUGCAAUUUCUUCCUAUCAGCAGUAGAAGAUGAAUAAGGAGCUGGAAUGAAAACAGUUCUUAAAGAACUAAAUAUUUGAAGAUUCAAAAGAUCUUUUGGAUUGAUUUAUUAUGUUGUACUUGUUACAAGUCACAUAUAGAUAAUUCCACUGACUGUUGCACUAAAAUUAUUUGAAUGUCUGCCUUCUAUAGGUUAAUAUCCUUUUAUUAUUUAAUAAAAGAAAUGAACCUCCAAAAAAUAUUGCCUUUAUAUUUCUGAUAUAAAAUGGCACACUAGCAACAAUAUAUCCCUGAGAGAAUUUAGAUGCAGAUUUUUUGGGAAAUAGUAUACUUGUAUAUAAGAUAAAAUUAGAGAAACAUUAAAAAAAAAACAACCCAUGAACUCUUGAGUUAGAUAAGUUUGUCAUGCAAAUUUUGUGAACUUGAUGCUGAUGAAUAAGGUGUGUGUUUAUGCACACCUGUAUAUGACUCUCUGUGUUAAUGUAUUAAAAGAUAUGCUCUUAAAGUGAACCAAUUUUAGCCAACUGUUUUAGGGGGAAAAAAGUUGGGAUUUUAAAAUAUGUAUGGUAAAAUACUUUGUUUGGAAACUUUAAAAAUCAAGGGACCAAACAGAGUAAAUUGUAUUUUUUCUUUGUGAAAAGGUGUUUGGAAUAUAGUUUCUUGUCAGCACAUAUAUGUAGUUUCAUGUAUUGAAUAUAAAAUGCACUUUAAAAAGUUAUUGCCUUUGUUGUUUAGUGUAUCUGAUGCUUUGCAGCUACAUUUCAGACAUGUUUUUUGUUUCAUAUGCUGUAUUAAAAUUUCUUAAAUUAUA